GGCCCCUUCUGACUGCUGGAGGAAUGGGGAGCCUUCCCUGCACCGCUGUGGGACAGUCAGCCUAGAUCCUGCUUCUCUUCACCGGCCCCGCAGCGGGACACCAGACUGGGAAUCAUGGCUGGAAUAUGCAGCCACCUUAGUCCUGGCAGCGGGGAGAUCAUCCAGCUCAAUGUCGGCGGUACCAGAUUCAGCACAUCGAGGCAAACCUUAACCUGGAUUCCGGAUUCCUUCUUUUCUAGUCUGCUAAGUGGAAGAAUUUCAACUCUUCGCGAUGAAACUGGAGCCAUAUUUAUUGAUAGGGACCCGACGGCUUUUGUACCAAUUUUAAAUUUUCUUCGUACAAAGGAACUUGAUUUGAGGGGUGUAAGCCUGAAUGUUCUCCGACACGAAGCAGAAUUUUAUGGAAUUACUCCCUUAGUAAAGAGAUUGCUGUUAUGCGAGGAGCUGGAACGUUCUUCAUGUGGAAGUGUCCUUUUUCAUGGCUACUUACCUCCACCAGCUAUUCCUAGACGUAAGUUUACCUGUGAAGCAUCACCCUCCCCUGAUGGUAUAACUGCGCCACGUCCCUGUGAAGGAGGGGCCCAAGCAAACGCUGCCCAACCAACAGCCGCUGCUGAAGGAAUGGUUCGACUGGGGUUCCCAGUGGAUCCCAGGAAGGUGUUAAUCGUUGCAGGCCAUCACAACUGGAUUGUCACCGCAUUCGCUCAUUUUGUGGUUUGCUACAGGAUUAAAGAAUCAUCGGGCUGGCAGCAAGUGUUUUCCAGUCCGUUUCUGGACUGGACUAUUGAGCGUGUCGCACUUAAUGCCAAAGUCGUUGGAGGCCCUCACGGGGAUAAAGACAAAAUGGUGGCUGUUGCGUCAGAAAGCAGCAUCAUAUUGUGGAGCAUACAGGAUGGAAGCAGUGGAAACGAAAUAGGCGUGUUCAGUCUCGGGGUGCCAGUGGAUGCCCUCUUCUUUAUUGGAAACCAGUUGGUGGCUACCAGCCAUACAGGCAAAGUUGGCAUAUGGAAUGCUGUGACUCAGCACUGGCAAGUUCAGGACGUUGUCCCUAUUACAAGCUACGACACGGCCGGAUCAUUUCUUCUCUUGGGAUGCAACAAUGGAUCCAUUUAUUAUAUAGAUAUGCAGAAAUUUCCGUUGCGCAUGAAAGACAAUGACCUUUUGGUGACUGAACUGUACCACGAUCCGUCUAAUGAUGCCAUCACUGCCUUGAGCGUCUAUCUAACUCCUAAAACAAGUGUGAGCGGAAACUGGAUAGAGAUCGCCUACGGUACAAGUUCUGGGGCUGUGCGAGUGAUAGUGCAGCACCCCGAGACUGUUGGUUCUGGACCCCAGCUUUUCCAGACUUUCACAGUUCACCGGAGUUCUGUCACAAAGAUCAUGUUGUCUGAGAAACACCUUGUUUCAGUCUGCGCUGACAACAAUCAUGUCCGAACAUGGACAGUGACGCGCUUCCGAGGAAUGAUCUCCACUCAGCCCGGCUCCACUCCUCUCGCCUCUUUCAAGAUCUUGUCCAUAGAAGAAGCAGACAGCCAUGGAAGCUAUUCUUCAGGCAACGACAUAGGGCCUUUUGGAGAAAGAGACGAUCAACAAGUAUUUAUCCAAAAAGUGGUUCCCAUAACAAACAAAUUAUUUGUGAGACUCUCUUCUACUGGGAGAAGAAUCUGUGAAAUUCAGGCUGUUGAUUGCACUACAAUCACAUGUUUUACCGUGAGAGAAUGUGAAGGAUCUAGCAGAAUGGGCUCCAGGCCGAGGCGCUACCUCUUCACUGGACAGUCUAAUGGAAGCAUUCAGAUGUGGGACCUCACCACCGCUAUGGACAUGGUGACAAAAACUGAAGAAAAAGAUGUAGGCGGUCCAACAGAAGAAGAGCUUCUUAAGCUUCUGGACCAGUGUGAUCUGAGCACCUCUCGCUGUGCAACGCCCAACAUCAGUCCUGCGACAUCCGUGGUUCAUCAAAGCCGUCUUCGAGAUUCGAAUUCAAGUUUGCAGCUGCAGCAUGAAACAAUCCAUGAAGCUGCCACCUAUGGGUCGGUUAGACCUUACCGGGAGAGCCCGCUGUUGGCAAGGGCAAGGCGAACCGAGAGCUUCCAUGGUUACAGAGAUUUUCAAUCCUUCAGCUUCGGUAAAAACAAUACCGAGAAGGCGAGCCAAGAAAAUGGAAGUGUUUUAGUUACAUGUGAAGCGAAACCAGCCGACCAUGAAAUCUGUACCCCGGACAAAAAGACUCCUCCAAGGGCAAGCAAAGCUCUAGAAAAUAUGUCCGACACCUGCAAAGGCCAGGAAAGCUUAGACGCCAAGAAACGUGUCGGGGAGGAUGGCACCGAAUCCAAGUCUGAGUUAAAAAGGAGAAGUGGUUUUGAAGGGGCUUUCUUAGCAAGGAGAAAAGUUUCCCAUGUUCCGCACCUGGGCUCCUCGCCCAACACGAGUGAGGGUGGAAACGACUCUCCCCGCAGCGCAUCGCCUUCUCCUACCAAAUCCACCACUUCUCCGCGUCGUAAGAAAAGCGACUCUUCCUGCCAGGACUAUGCUUAGUACAAAGAACAGACAAGAAUGUUUUUGUGUUCGUUUUUGGCUUAUAAAGCAUGUUGGUCUAUAGUUCCUAGAGAAAUGCCGAAUGAAAUAUUCAUGUCUGACUUCUUUGCUUAGAUGCCUUUUGCCUGGUUCAUAAGACUGGAUUGUAGCAGCCGUUCAGCCUUCCGGAGAACCGGCCUUACCAGAUGCCCCUGGAGAGGGGUUUGCCAUCUAUGCAGUCUUUCUGCAACGUUGUACUUUUAUAAAUAUAUAUAUAUAUAUAUGUAUACUUUUUAUAAGAAGACAAAGUUUAAUUGUACACAUAUGCUAGCGUCAUAACUUAUUCGUUUAUAAAUAGUUAUUUAUCUUACAAGCACUGAUGCAGUAAAUAGAUAUUUCUUCAGAUUUUUUUUAAUUUUGAAAAACAUACAGCAUAAUUUGCACGUUAGCGGGCCGUAAUAUAGAGAUAGCUCUACUGCUGCUUCAGGACUGCACCUUUAUGGGAUGUUCAGUUCUGCAACAUCCAGAGGGCUUAAUGUUCACUAUCGCUGCUAUAGUACUUUUAUUUUUCUGCUAUGCUUGCAAUUGUCUCUAAUAUAGCAAUAUUGCACUUGGGUGUCGUGUACACUGACUCGGUUAACUUAGAGGGGCUUAUUUAUUAUCUGUCCAGUAUCCCGGACCCCCACAAACCUAUUACGUAAAACAGGAGUAAUGUCACAAUUGCAGCAGAGGUCGGUAGAUGAGUGUACAUGGCAACCAUAACCCACUAAUGUUUUUGUGAUGUCACUCUGGCCUACAAAUGACAUGAUUAUGGGAUGUCGGGUUGAUGUGGCUGGUCGGUAAUAACCCCCAGUGUAUUGACUUAUUGUUUCAGUAUUUAAUGCCCCAAAGUUGUUGUUUUGUUAGCAUUGUCUGAACUGGAAAACCAUUUUAGUAAACCUAUAUAAUACCGAGUAUUUAAAGAAAAGUAUCAUUGAACCUGUCUUGCAGUCUGUGAUAUGUUUAUAUCAUAAUCCAUGGAAUAUUAAAAAAAAAAA